AUGGCGCGACUGCUGCGCAAGAAGUACAGCUACCUCCCUCCAGAAGGCACAGUCGACCACCUCGUCGUCGGCGCAGGCGUCGUCGGUCUCGCUGUUGCUGAGCGACUCGUCAAGGCCUUUCCCGGGCGCAGCACCUUUGUAGUCGAGCGACACGGCCAAGUAGGCCAAGAGACCUCUUCCCGAAACAGCGAAGUCAUCCACUCAGGGAUCUACUACCCCCCUCACUCGCUCAAGACCGCCCUGUGCAUCCGCGGGCGCGACUUGAUCUAUCAGCGAUGCGAGCAGUACGGGAUUGGGUGCAAGAACACGGGCAAACUCGUGCUGGCGACGAGUAAGGAGCAGAUGGGGUACUUGAAGGCGCUGCAUGAGAAGGCGGGAAAGUUGAGGGAGUUGGGAGUUGGGGACGUGCCGCUCGAGUGGUUGAGCGGCGAGCGGGUGCGCGAGUUGGAGCCUGAUGUGGGCGAGAGGGUCGUCGGGGCGCUGUUGAGUCCCAAGACGGGCAUCGUGUCGAGCCACGAGUUGAUGGAGAACCUCGAGAAGGAAAUCACCGACAGCGAGACGGGCGAACUGGUCUACGGCACGCGGGUCGUACGGAUAGACCGGGCGGAACCGAGCGGAGGAGGCAAGCGAGGAGACGGGAGCGAGGACGGCUGGGUCGUGCAGACUUUGACGGAGGACGGCGGCGGCGGAGAGGGCGAACGGACGGCGGUGUUGGCCAAGUCGGUCAUCAAUGCGGCUGGGUUGAACGCGCACCACAUCCUCAACCAGAUUCUGCCGCAGGAGCAACGACUACAGCUGCACUUUGCCAAGGGCUCCUACUUCUCAUAUCGCGGUCCCGGCGUGAGCAACGUCCGACACCUUCUGUACCCUUGUCCCGAGGAGAAUGUCUCCCUCUCCGGCCUCGGCACUCACCUAACCCUCAACAUGGACGGCGAGAUCCGUUUCGGUCCCGACGUCGAAUGGCUCUCUCCGCCCUUGGAUGAAGAAGGGGAAGACGUGCCGGACUUUUGGGAGACGAGGAUGGCGGUGACGAAUGAGAGGAUGGAGUUGGCGAUUGAAGAGGUGAGGAAGUUUUUGCCGGGCGUCAAGUCGGAGGGGUUCGCUCCUGACUACUCGGGCAUCCGCCCCAAACUCUCCAAGAAGGGCGAAACAGCCGUCGACUUCUCCAUCACCCACCCCCGACCAGGGUUCAUCUCGCUGCAGGGCAUCGAGUCGCCUGGACUGACGUCGUCGCUGGCUAUUGCGGAGAGGGUCGAGGUGAUGGUGCGUGAGGAGGUGCAUGGGUUGGGACGCGGGAGGGGGCAGAAUGUGAGCGAGCGGGGACGGCUAGAGUCGUGGGCGUAG